AUGUUCGACACAUCCUCCCGGUCUUCCGCCCAGCGUUUGGCGGACCAAAUGGAACAGCUGAACGAAGGCCCUGUGCCCAAUUGUGUGAUGGAAGAUUUGUCAGUAGGCGAUGUUUUCAGCUCUCAGAUGGAAAUUGAACCGGAGAUGGAAGUUCCCAGAAAUGGCUCUUCUCAAAUCAUGCCACAUGAAAAUCCAGAACUGCAAGCCGAAACAACGAACCGUACCGACCUCCCUCCAACCGGAGCUCAUGUUUUGCAGUUGCAUGAAAAAGCCGCGAACCACAGAAAGAAGAAGAAGAAGGUAAAGCGUGUGGCGGAUGUGGAGAUUGGACAUGGCAAUCCGGCCUUAUCAACAGUUCGAGGGUUCGCUCCUAUGGCUUCUGGCGAUGAGGAUUCCGACAUUUCUACUGCUGGCUCUCGAGCCAUGUCGCCGCAACUGAAUGCUAUUCCUACCUCUAAUGCGCCCAACGGAAUUAGCGCUCUCAAAUUGCAGCUUGAUGCUCUGAAUAUAUCUGAAGGUCAACCCUCACGGACCAGUCACCCCGGCGGAUCUGUUACUUCGAGUAAUGCUAGCGUCGCGUCUGAUAGCGACCGAACUGAGGUUAUGACUAGCUACGAGGUCGCUCUCGAACACGAUUUUGUCAGUGAGGAGGCGGUAGCUGAGGAGAAGCUCUCCACUAGUAAUGGAAACAAUCUACAGAAUGAGCUGUGCAGGAAAAUGACUGGGCGUGACUUUGAGCAAUUAAUGUGCCUUGGAAAGGGUACUUUCGGGACCGUUUUACUAGUACGCCAUAAGCCAACUGGGCGCCUUUAUGCCCAGAAACAGUUUCGCAAGGCUUCCAUCACUGUACACAGGAAAUUGGUGGAGCAGACAAAGACAGAGCGGAUGAUCCUUGAAAGUGUCAAUCGUCAUCCAUUUGUGGUCAAGCUCUACUACGCUUUUCAGGAUCACGAGAAGCUAUACCUCAUCCUUGAGUAUGCUCAGGGCGGCGAGUUGUUCACUCACCUUGCGGCCGAGAGGAUGUUUAGCGAGGAUGUUGCCGCUUUCUACAUGGCUGAGAUGGUGCUCGCAUUGGAACAUCUGCAUCAGAAUGUCGGGGUUGUCUACCGAGAUCUGAAACCAGAGAACUGUUUGCUCGAUUCCGAAGGCCAUCUUCUCCUCACAGAUUUUGGACUGAGCAAGGUUGCAGUCAGUGAUGACGACCGUUGUAACUCGUCUCUAGGCACUAUCGAGUACAUGGCCCCUGAAGUUAUCCAGCGCAAACCUUAUGGUAAAGCCUGUGACUGGUGGUCUCUCGGAGCCCUGGGAUAUGACUUGUUGACCGGUUCACCGCCAUUCAAAGCCAACAAUCAUGCCAAAAUCCAGGAAAAGAUUGUUCGACAGAAACUCGCGUUACCUUACUACCUCGGACCGGAUGCAAAGGACCUGCUAAUCCGGUUACUUCGCAAGGAGCCACACAAGCGAUUGGGCUAUCACAUGCCCAAGGACUUGGAUACCAUUAAGAAACAUCGCUUUUUCCGUAAGAUCGAUUGGAAGGCGCUUGCUCGGCGCGAGCUGGAGGCACCGAUUCAACCUCUCAUCACCGAUCCUGCUCUUGCAGAGAACUUUUCCACUGAUUUCACGGGUCUGGCGCUGAGUCCUGCUUCAACCGAUGAGGACCACAUUGGAGAUAUGCUCAAGAAUGUUGGUCUCUCUACCGAGACCAGCGGCGCCUUGAACGAAGCCGACCCUUUCCACGGCUUCAGCUUUGUUGCAUCAAGCAGUCUUCUGAACAGCGGAUUUGGAGUCGCCACAUGA